AUGAUUAGUAGGCUUUUCUCCAAUCAUAUUAGAGGUGUGAUGACUUACUUAUUAAAUUUUCUUUUAUUAAACAUGAAAUAAAAAAAUACUAAAAGAAAAUUACCUAUACAAAAGAUGUCAAUUUAAUUUUCUACAUUUUCAAACUAUUAAUAAGAGAAUAUUAAUAUGAUAAUUUUAGUAAAAAGGUUUAAGGCUAGUCACACAUAUUUAGAUGAUGUUGAAUUGAUAUUGAAAAGAAAAAUUACCAAUUAAUUGAAUGAGCUAAUAAUUUGGAAUAUCUUUCUGCAAAAAGAAAUAAAUUAAUUGAGCAUAAAUAUGUUAUGA